CACGAGGUAUUGACAUAGACAGAGUAAAUCUGGUUGUGAAUUUGGAUAUGCCCAAAGAUGCCGAAACUUAUUUGCAUCGUGUCGGAAGGACAGGACGGUAUGGAACCCAUGGAUUGGCAAUUAGCUUCGUCGAUAGUGAUGGACUAGAAUUCUUGAACAAUUUAAAACAGAAUUACCAUGUUGACAUCAGCACACUUCCAGAUGAAAUGUCAUACAAACAUCAUCAAAGACCAUUGACAACGGAAAAUGAUAAAGAAGCCUAUGAAAAAUUGUUAGAUGUAAGAGAAACUAUCAAGCUUCCUCCAGUUAUAUUUUCUGAAGAAUCUGACAACACCGCACACGUGAACAAGGGAAAGAAGAAAGAGACCCUGGUGGAAGAUGGGAGAGUUGAGGACAAUUCUCUCGCAAAUGGCAAACCUUAUCAACAGGAUGAUCAUCAGUAUGGAUAUUAUCAAUACCUUGAUUAUUAUAGAAAUCAACAAUUUGAGAAUUGGUAUCACAACACAGAUUCAUAUUAUUAUCAGCAACAUCCUUUACAUCAUCACCUUUCCUAUUACCAUCAAUUUCCAACAUAUUAUUUGCCACCUCAUUAUUAUUAUAAUCACAUGGUCCACGGUAAAUAUGUUGAAGAUAGGAAUGUUGUGUAUGAAAAUGAAACAAAGAGUGCGGGAAAUAGGGUCAAGGGAGAUAAGUCUAGUCAGGGAAAUAGUAAAGUUGAUUAUGGUGAAGUGUUUUUUCCGCCGGAUCUUCCAUUUUAG